GGAGGUAUUUAUAGUGUAUCAGAGCAGCGUUCUAGGUUGGGUCGGGUCAAGUACCAGACUGAGAAGAAAGGUUUCAAAGGCUGGAGAAGACCUGCUCCCUUUGGGCUCUGGCUGUGUCUGCUGUGGGGGCUUCAUGGGAAGUUCCCUCAGCUGUGCUGCUAAAGGGGCUCUACCCCUCAGCAAAUAGAGCUGUAGAGGAGGCAAAGAGUCCCAGUUGCUCAGUGGUGUCUGUGUGCCCCCUGCUGGGAGAGCCGAGACACAGAGACACAUCUGGAAAGGUUGGGGAGGCUUGUCUCUGGCCAACCUCUCCCCGAAUAAUGGGGACCAACCCUGCUGUGUAGGUGGACAGCAGGCAGUGCCAGAGACAGACUAAGCCGUGGUCCCUGAGGUGGGGGUAUGGGCCUUUCAAGGCAGUGUCUGGGAUGAAGACACCUGAUAAAGCCAGCUGGUACUCGGCUGUGGCCCACAUGGGAAACCAGACAGUGUGGGUGAGGACGGGCCAUUCUUCCUGCCAAUAGAUAACUUCCUCCUCUGGUCAGGACCCUGCCUCAGACAGGAGUGCACCUCUGCACCCACAGCAGUUUCUGCUCAGACUGCCUGUCUAACCCAUUCUGCCUCUGAAGAUCAAGGAGUGUGAUCCCAGGAAGGUGGGGCUGUGGGCUACUCCACGGGAGUUGCUCCUCUCCCCUGAAAUUCCAUAAUGAGGGCCUGUGUGCUUGUCCAUGUGCUGACCAUGGUGGGCUUUGCCUUGGGGAAGGGUAAGUAAGGCCAGGGUCUGGAAAGAGUGGGGAGAGCUGGUCCUGGGUGUGCUUGAAAGACCUCCUGGUUCCGUCUCCUUUGUUCUCUGCGCCAAGCUCCGGUCGCCAGCGUCCGUACCUGCCACCUGUGCUUCUUAGAAGACCCUUCGAUAGGCUGCAUUUCUGGGUCAGAAAAGUGCACCAUCAGCUCUUCCUCGCCAUGCAUGGUGAUCACCAUCUAUCAGAAUGUUAAGGUUCGCUUCCACGUACGGGGCUGUGGACAGCACCACUCCUUCCGGUGUCAAGAAAAUCACGUCAUCUACUACUCAGACUACUGGUAUAGGGUUAAUUGCUGCCAGUAUGAUUACUGCAACUCCUGGUCCAGUGCCCAGCACCAGAGCACUCUGCCUGGGCCCCCAGGAAACCAUCUGGGUGUGCCCCUCUCUGAGUCUCAGAUAAAACAGUUCUACCAGGCCCUGCACCUCCCUCUGUUUCAGCCUGACCUCCACACUCAUAAGGUGUCUGAGGGCCCGGACUCUCUCAUUCUGCCCCCGGGGCUGGGCUUGUCCAUUGCCGACCUGCGCAAAAUAUACUUGUUCCUCAACAGUUCAGGACUUCUGGUUCUUCCCCAGGCUAGACCCUGACAUGUCCCAUCCCCCUUCCCAGAUUCUGCUCUGGCUGGGAGCCUCGUCCUUUGAGCUGCCCAGAUCUGCGAGCACUCAAAUCCUGAUACCUGUAAUCUCCUAGGCUUCCUUCUGCUCUCCAUGGCCAGCUUCUGUAGUGGCCCCAGGUCUGGCUGCUGGUUUGUCUCCCUCCUAUUCAAGAAUUUAAAGAUGGCUUCUGCCCAGGCUGACCUGACAGUGUUCCCGUAUGAGUGUCCCGGUCUUCAGGUACCCUCAGUCUGGUCAUAUGCCACACCUAAGACUCAGUGCCAGGCUUCAGCAGGAAGGUCAAAGGGUGCCUGGACAUCUGGCGCGGCGACCCCAUUUCACCUUACUGCCUGCCUGCCUGGUGAGGGGUUGCAGCGGCUCCCAUGUUUCCUCUAUAAUAAACCAGAACUUGGCAAAAA